CCAGUUUUCUUCAUUAAUUUUAAAUGAAAGGUUUCGGGAACGCAACGAUUAUCAUUCCUAUUUCUCUUUGUUUUAUUUUCAUAUUCAUUUAUCAUUUUGAAGACGUGCUUGCGGCUCCUCCUACUAGGCAUUUGUGUAGUCCCGAACAAAGGGAUGCACUUCUCGCUUUCAAAAACGAGUUUCAUAUUGGGAAGCCUAAUCCUGAUUGUAUGGAGUAUGGCAUUGAAUCUCAUCGGAAGACGGAGUCAUGGGCGAAUAACAGCGACUGUUGUAGUUGGAAGGGAAUCACGUGCAAUGCAAAGUCCGGAGAUGUGAUCGAGCUAGACCUUCACUGCAGCUUUCUCCAUGGCCGGUUUUAUUCCAAUAGCAGUCUUCAAAAACUUCCUUUUCUAACCACUCUUGACCUUUCAUUUAAUGAUUUUUAUGGUCAAGUCCCGUCUUUGAUUGGAAACUUUCCUCAUCUCACCACUCUCAACCUUUCUAUGAAUCAACUUUCGGGUCAGAUUCCAUCUUCUAUUGGAAAUCUUUCUCAUCUUAUAACUCUCCAACUUUCAGAAAAUAAGUUCAGUGGUCGAAUUCCAUCUUCCAUUGGAAAACUUUUUCAUCUCACCUCUCUCCAACUUUCGGGUAAUUAUUUCAGUGGUCGGAUUCCAACUUGGAUUGGAAACCUUUCUGAACUCAACUAUCUCAGCUUUCGGGAAAACAAUCUCGUUGGUGAAAUCCCAUAUUCAAUUGGAAAGCUUUCUCAACUCAUCGAGCUUAGCCUUUGGGGAAACAAUCUCGUUGGCGAAAUCCCAUCUUCGAUUGGAAAGCUUUCUCAACUCACCGAUCUCCGCAUUUUUGGAAACAAUCUCGUUGGUGAAAUCCCAUUUUCUUUUGGCAAUCUAAACCACCUGACCUCCUUAUUUGUUGGUGACAAUAAUCUCAGGGGCAACUUUCCCAUUGUACUACUGAAUUUGACAGGGUUUUCAGAUUUAGAUAUCUCCGACAAUCAGUUCAGUGGUGUGUUUCCUCCUAAUAUCACUUCACUAUCCAACUUGGAAUAUUUUCAAGCAAGUCACAAUGCUUUCACUGGAACUAUCCCUUCUUCUCUCUUCGCCAUUCCUUCUUUAACUGAAAUUUUUUUGAGUGAUAACCAACUCAACGGCACUCUUGAGUUUGGGAAUACAUCUUCACUGUCUAACCUAAAAUUGUUAGUCAUUGGCAACAACAACUUCAAAGGGCCAAUCCCGAGAUCCAUUUCCAAAUUUGUCAACCUCUCGGGACUUGAACUAUCUCAUUUCGACACCCAAGGCCGCCUAGUUGACUUUAGUAUCUUCUCGCCUCUCAAGUCCCUCAUGUCUCUUGACCUAUCCUAUUUGAACUCCACCACUACGAUUGACUUGUAUGAUAUCUUAUCAUAUUCCAAAAGCCUCUCUCACUUAGAUCUCUCAGGCAACCAUGUUUCAACAACAAACAAAAGUUCAGUUUCAAAUCCCCCUUCACAAGAGAUAGAUUCUUUGAGCUUAUCAGGCUGCGGUAUCACCGAGUUUCCAGCAGAGCUCCUAAGAACCCUACAUGGAAUGGGAUUUCUAGACAUUUCCAACAACAAAAUCGAAGGUCAAGUCCCUGCCUGGUUAUGGACUCUACCAAACUUGACGUACGUGAAUCUUUCCAACAACACUUUCAACGGUUUCCAAAGAGCAAAGAAGAAACAAGGACUAUCCUCUGUCCGGAAACCAUUUGUGAGUUACUUUCUUGGCUCCAACAACAACUUCACUGGCAAGAUUCCUUCUUUCAUAUGCGAGUUUCGUUCUCUAGACACUCUUGAUUUAUCUGAAAACAACUUCAACAGUUCAAUCCCUCAUUGUUUGGUAAAUCUCAAUAAUACUCUUUCAGUUUUAAACCUUCGUCAAAAUAAUCUUAGUGGAGGUCUUCCAGAGCAUAUAUUUGAAAGUCUAAGGUCGUUCGAUGUCGGUCAUAACCAACUUGUGGGAAAGCUUCCAAGAUCUUUGAUCCGUUUCUCUACUCUUGAAGUUUUGAACGUGGAAAGCAACAAAAUCAACGACACGUUUCCAUUCUGGUUAGGUUCUCUACAAAAGCUACAAGUUCUUGUCCUUCGCUCCAAUGCAUUCCAUGGACCAAUACAUCAAGCCUCCUUCCCUCAGUUGCGAAUCAUCGACAUAUCACAUAAUCACUUCGAUGGAACUUUGCCUUCGGAAUACUUUGUGAAGUGGAGUGCUAUGUCAUCACUUAAGCCCGACGAAGAUCACUCUUCCGAAAAGUACAUGAGAGGGGGAUCACGCUAUUACUAUGAUUCAUUGGUUUUGAUGAAUAAAGGUGUAGAGAUGGAGCUAGUACGUAUCUUAAAAAUCUACACAGCAAUCGACUUUUCAGGAAACAGAUUCGAAGGAGAGAUUCCAAAGUCCAUCGGUUUAUUGAAAGAGCUUCAUGUGCUCAACUUGUCAAACAAUGCUUUCACUGGCUGCAUCCCUUCCUCUAUGGGGAACCUGAAAGCUCUCGAUUCGCUGGACGUUUCCCAAAACAAGCUUUCAGGAGAAAUUCCACAAGAGCUAGGGGAUCUCCCUUUCCUUGCGUACAUGAACUUCUCUCAUAACAAACUUACAGGCCUAGUACCAGUGAGCACUCAGUUUCUAACGCAGCCUUGCUCUUCUUUUGAGAACAAUAUGGGACUUCUUUUUGGCUCUUCUCUUGACAAAGUUUGCAGAGAUAUUCACACGCCAGCAUCACAUCAACAAUAUGAAACGCCGAUAUCAGAGGACGAAGAUGAAGAAGAGGUGAUUAGUUGGAUAGCAGCUGCAAUAGGAUUCGUACCUGGUAUUUCCUUUGGGUUUAGGAUUGGAUACAUAUCGCUUUCCUACAAACCAAAGUGGUUCACGAACCCUUUCGGCCGAAACAAUCGUAGACGGAGAAGCACUACAAGUACAACUCACUAGAGAGGCUUAAAGCCUAUCUGAAGAAUCUGGACGAGGAAAGUCAAAGUAACUACUCAUUAAGCCAGCUUUGUCCAAAUCCAGAUUGGUUUAGAUUUCUGUUAAGUUUUGCUUUGUGCGUUUCUCUUUUACUCUGUUUUUUGCCAACUUUGUAGUUGAGCAACUCUGUUUCGAACCUUAAAUUACUCUCCCUUUCUGUGCACAUGUAAUUUUUUUUUCCUGCAAUGUUAUCUUUACUUUUCCUA